UAUUAAUCGUUUUCUUUUUUUCAAAGGCUGAUAUUUUUUCAUUUGGAAUAAUCCUUUGUGAAAUAACAGCCAGAAUAGAUGCAGAUCCUGAUAUUUUACCAAGGACUGAGAACUUUGGUCUAGAUUACAUUGCAUUUAGUGAAAUGGUUGAAUAUUGUCCAUUAGAUUUCUUACACUUGGCAUUCAGAUGUUGUCAGAUUGACCCUCUGAAACGACCAACAUUUGCUAACAAUGUAGAAUGUUUGCUGCAGAUGCGACAUUUUCUAAAUAAUCCUGGGAAUUCUGGAAAAGAUAACAAAAAUUCUAAAACAUCUUGUAAGAGGUCUCGAUCUGAAGACAAUAUCUUAGAUUCUUGCAAUUGGUCUUCAAUGGAUGAUGAUCCUACAAUGACUGCUAAAGUCAUUGGUCAAACUAUGAGUGAAGCUGAUCCAUUUUACAUCCCUGCUCGUUCAAACCCAUUUACUAUGUUAAACAAAUUCUGUGAUGGUAAGAAAGUUCUAGGAGUUCACAGAGACAUGAAUUUAUCAUUUGACCUGCCAUCACCAUCUUCACCAUUCACACCUCCCUGUACACCAAUAACUCCAGACUGUUAUCCUCGCAACAAACGUCCAUUAGGAAGACGCAAGUGUCAGUCAUUGCCUGGAUCUCCAGUGCUUCUUCGUCAGGCUGCAGAACGUUUUCAUCAAGAGUCUAUUCAUGGAAGCACAUCUCAACAACGUAACAUUGACUUUCCUUUAGACAUUUUAUCCAAUCUGGGAGAGUUUUUUUGUAAUACACAUAUGAAUCGCUUUACUGCCAACAAAGAUGUACAGGUCUCAGAUCAUUCUAUAAAAGAGAACAAUGCCAAAUCUAAUAAUCCAACAGAAAGUCCACAAAGCAGGGUAGCAUCACGAAGAAAAGCUUUCCGGUCAAAGCAACACAGUGUUGAGAGUUCAUUGCUUUUUACUAGUUUGUGUAAUGAAAAAACUGCACCAGCAACUGUAUCACUUGAUAGAGCAGAUCAUAAAUCCUCACCUUAUUCUCCUGACAGUUUUGAAGAUAUAAGCCCAUUGCGUUCUCCAGAAGAUUCCUUUGACACAUGUAUUUCUCCUUCAGACUCCUUUUCUAAUUUGACUGAAUCAAAGACAAGUGAUACAUUACCUCUUUGCCGUCAUGAGUAUUUGUAUAAUACUAGCCAAAGUAGCACAGAAUCAACAAGUUCUGUUAUAACAUUAAAAGAAAACACUUCCUACAGAGCCAUGAAUGUUACAACACCUGGUAAAUAGCACCAAGGUCUAUUUUCAGUUCUUGUUUCUGUUAUUGUUGCCAUUGUUAACGAAACACAAAGUUAGCAGGGGCUAUUUUUCUUUUCCUUCAUAAAAUAUAUUUAAAUUAAUAACUGUUAAAAUUUGAAGAAAUAUUUCAAAUAAUAAUUAUGGUUGAGAUUACAAUUAUUGCCAUCAUUAUUAUUAUUGUAAGAAAUCAUUUUUUACUUCAUUAUUUUACUACUUGUUAUAUUUUUUAAAAAUCUCUUUUUUGGUUUAAAAUAUAUUAUGAUGUUUCUUGUUAUAAAAUAUCAUGUUAAAAAAUAUAUAUAUAUAUAUUGGUGAAUUUUGGCCAUGUCAUGGAUAAACUUCUCAUUAGCUGUAUAGAUAGCGGCACUUAGAUAUUUUGAUUAAAUUCUCUUUGAUCUUUUUACACUAAUAACUCAAAGUUUCAACAGAAUAAUAAACGAAAUUCUAUUGUUUUAUUACAGUAAUACAAAUAGUAUUCUGAAUAUAAAGCAGAUAAAUUUUAAAAUUAUUUUUUACCAUUUUAUUUUAUUUUGAAUGUUUUGGAAUAUCAAACACUGUAAUUGUAUUAUUUAAGUUCUGCAAAGUGAUUUUAUGUAGGAAUUGCUUAGAAUUACAAUAAAGGCAGUUUAUUGAAGAAUCAAGAACAAUUUGAACUGUUUCUAAAAUAUUUUUUAAUAUCUUCUUUAAAAUGUCAAAUAUUUAUCAAAUACUAUGCCUUGUACAUAGAAUACUUCGUCUAAUUUAUGCACACAUAAAUACACAUACUCGUAGACAUGCACAUAAUGUGUAUGCAUAUAUGUAUUAUGUGUAGGUGUGAAUGUCUGUGAGUAUGUAUGUAUAAUUGUGUGCAUACAUGUGUACACAUGUGUAUGUCUAUAUAUAUAUAUAUAUAUAUGACUGUAUCUCUGUGGCUGUAUGUUUCAUCAUCAUUCAGUGUUUUAAAUCUGGGUUUUGUACCCGAUAACAGGGGUGGCUGGAUCUACCUCAAUGCCAUAGCAACCCCCUCACACCAUCUCACCUAGUUUUGGGCAUCCUCCUUUUUCAAGCCAACCUUCCCAAUCUCCUUCUCCAGCUGUCCCCUCCAUCUUUUCCUCGGUCUACUUUGCUUUUGCAUUCCAUUUAUGCAAUUUAUUUUAAUUCAAACUUCACAAAUUAGGAUUUCAUUUCACAUAUGUGUAUACACAUAAUUAUAUGUAUGUUCAUAUAGUGUGUGCAUCUCUAUUUAUUUCUAUGUCCUUGCCUUUGAAAUGUGGAGUAGAUGGAACAGGGACAACUGAAGAAGGGAAAUAUUCUUUAUGUUGCAUGUCUCGUUUCUCUGUUUUUU